CCCGAGACACGAGCCGAACUGGGCGUCAGGUCGGGGAGCCGGUCGGGUUCCCGCUCGCCGCCGCCGCCGCCCCCCACAGCGCCUCUCCCGCCUCUCCUCAGCGCCGGCCGCGGGCGCUGCAUCGUCUACUCUGCUCUCUGAGGAGCCUCCAGCGUGGGGUCAUCGAGCCUGUGACGAGACACGCCGACACCCCCAUCACCUCCGGCCCCGGCGACCACUCCCCGGUCCGCUCUCGCCUGGCGCGGAGCCCGGGCCGAGCCCCCGGGCCUGACCGCCCCGCGACCCCGCUGCCGCACUCCCGCGCCGGCACUCUCGCAGCCGCCGCCCCCCACCCUGAACAUGGACUCCGACUCCUGCGCCGCCGCCUUCCACCCCGAGGAGUACUCCCCCAGUUGCAAGAGGCGCCGGACUGUGGAGGACUUCAACAAAUUCUGCACCUUUGUCCUGGCCUAUGCUGGCUACAUUCCUUAUCCAAAGGAGGAGCUCCCUCUGAGGAGCAGCCCCAGCCCCGCCAACAGCACUGCGGGCACCAUCGACAGUGAUGGCUGGGACACUGGUUUCUCUGACAUCACACCCUCGGUGCCUUUGCCGGUAUCCGACCGCUGCUUCAGUCACCUGCAGCCCACCCUCCUACAGCGAGCCAAGCCCAGUAACUUCCUGCUGGACAGGAAGAAAACUGACAAACUGAAGAAGAAGAAGAAGAGGAAGCGCAGAGACAGUGACGUGCCUGUGAAGGAGGGGUACAGGGGGGGCUUGCUGAAGCUGGAAGCUGCCGACACCUACGUGGAGACCCCAGCAAGUCCCACUCUGCAGGAUAUUCCCCAGGCCUCUGGUGAUGCCUGCUCUGGCUGGGACUCUGACACCCCCUCGAGUGGCUCUUGUGCCACUGUGUCACCUGAUCAGGUCAAAGAAGUAAAGACUGAAGGGAAACGGACUAUUGUCCGGCAGGGAAAGCAGGUGGUGUUCCGAGAUGAAGACAGCACUGGCAAUGAUGAGGACAUCAUGGUGGACUCAGAUGAUGAUUCCUGGGAUCUUGUCACCUGUUUCUGCAUGAAGCCAUUUGCUGGUCGCCCCAUGAUAGAGUGCAACGAGUGCCACACCUGGAUCCACCUGUCUUGUGCGAAGAUCCGGAAGUCCAAUGUUCCUGAAGUGUUCGUCUGCCAAAAGUGCCGGGACUCCAAGUUUGAUAUCCGUCGUUCCAACCGUUCCCGAAUGGGCUCCCGGAAGCUGUUUCUGGACUGACUUGGAGCUGGCGAGGAGGCUGCAGCUGGACUGGAAGGGAUGCGGUCUCUGUCUCUCUGUGGCCCUCCCUCUGCUGAGCACAGGACUCCCAGCUGUGGGGCGGGCAGACCCUGCCAUUCAGGUGCCUAAGCAAAAGGACAAGCCGUCCAAGGUAGAAACUGUACAUAGCCAGUGAGCGAAUAAAACGUCGGCAAAGCUGCUGCCAGAGCUGGUUUGCUGCGGUGGAGGCAGACGGAGACCUGGCACCAGGGUCUGCCUCAGCCCAGUGAGGGCACAUGGUCAUCAUGAAGUUUUGCUGUCCUGUUAACAGUUCCCGCCACUGGGAGCCAGUGCUAGCUGUUAGUCCUGCUUCCUUCCACUUACUGGGGGAGAUGUCAUUUCUCUGGCCUGUUAGUGGUGAGUUUCUUCUCCAGCUUCAGUCUUUUGCCAUGCAGCCAUCCAAGUUGCCCCCUUCCUUCCUGUCUGCACUGCCUCUGCCCCAGCUGUACUUACCCGGCCAGGGAGCUGCUGCCCGAGAGCACAAGUGUCCCCAGGAGGGACCCUAGAUGGUGGGAGAGCUGGGGAGUCUUUGGUUUCCACUGUUGAUUUAAAGGGAUGGUAUGUGGCCACCUCUCUGUGGAAAGGGGGUGGCAGUGGCUUGAGUUCAUGACUCAGUUUCUUGCAGGUGCCCUUUCUCUGCCCUUAUGCCCGACACGCUUCUCCAGUGUGGGAGCACUUGGCUCUUUUUCACCUGUUCUGGUAGCAACCCACAGACUAGGCAAUCCUUGGGACCUGAGUGCUGUUCCUUCAAAUAAUGGGGUGAGAAGACUAGGAGUCUCCUGCAGUCAUGUGGGUAUCCUCCGCACAAAGGCUGGCCUGCUUGCUUCCCGGGGCGAUGUUAGGUUUGAAUCCUUUUGGUUUGAGUUGGUGAGUCAGUGGUACAGUAACAUGGACCUUUAGCAGUGUAUAGAGUUCCUGGGUGUGAACACAGGUCCUGCACUGGGGAGGCCAGCUCUGGAACCCUUAGGGCAAGCUUCACACACUGCUCAGGGGAGCAUACCUGGGACACUGGUGGUCCUGGAAACCUCUGAGGUGGGUGGUGCUCCCUUGAAAUCUCACUACUCAUUCUGGGACUGCUGGCCAAACAGUGGGUUGUGUUUCAUGUGUUUUCUUGUUGGGCUUGAGAAGGGAAGUGGCCAAGUUGGUCAGAUUCUUCGCCUGUUGUUGACUGCUGCCCCCCGUCCCCCCAACCACUGUGACACCUUUGCAGGGUCACCAGGCAUUUUCUCCCACAUCUCACCGAAGCACCAAGGAGCUUGGGCUGUAAUUUGGCUAAUUGGAGCCUUUUUCUUUUUGUCUCGGUGUGUCUCACACUUGUCCAGGGAACUCUUUUUUUUUUUUUUUUUUUUUUUUUAAAAUCCUGUUGGUUAUAUUGAAGUACAAAAGUAGAGAAAAAUAGUUCCUGAAACUCAGUUUAUUGUGAAGUCAAGGGAGAAUUCUGCUGUGGAGAGACAACCUUGUUCUAGGCUGUUGUCUGGCUCUGAGGUGCAAACAGCCAGGACAAGUUGGAGGAAUUUGCCAAAGACCUGCCCUGUGACAAUACCUGUCCAGUGUCUUCACCCUGAGUAACCAAAGUUCCAGUGCAUUCUUUUUAUAGAAGCUCCUUAGAGUUUUAAAGUGCAUUUAAGAAUAUGUGUGAUUUUUAAAGUGGAACUGCCCACCCUAGCCAUGGUCACAUGAGCUUAAAGGUGUGACGCCUCUGGAACACGUUCCAUACUCAUCUCAAUUUCUGUUUGCUUGAUUUCUGUUACCCAUCUGUCUGUCCCCGUGGGUGGUGUCAGAAGGCAGACACCUUGGUUUGGGGGUAGAUUGAGCUGUGCAGCUGCAAUCAGCUUUAUGCAAAAUUGGGCAUGACCCUCCUAGGGACUCCUGGUUGGUGGCUGAUGAUGUGAGGGGAAGGGAAUAGGUGUCACCCCCGAAGUCGGCCCCUCUCAUUGGCUUAACAUCGUUUACAUGGUUCUGUGUAAUUAUAAAGUUUAUGUGUAUAAAGCGAGCUGUUUCUGUGAAACUGUAUAUUUUGUAAAUAAAGAUAUUGCUACUUUGA